AGAAUUUGUUUACCAAUAUGAGAAAAAUUAUGAAGCAAUACAAGAACGUGAUUGUCAUAUUCAAGCAUUUUUCAUUUUAGUAAAUCAAGCAAGACUUCCUAAUUCAAGAGAAUAUUCUGAAAAAGAUUACAAUAAAUGUAAAAAACAUCAUCGCAAACCUGUUGAGAGAAAUGAUCCAAGAUGCAAAAUCAAAGGAGCUGUUUUAGAAAUAUGUACACAUGAAUGUUGUUCUCAACAUACUUUUGCGAGAUAUGAUUCUGAAUCUGGACCAUUUCAUUAUAUACUAGAAAUUUAUAAAAAAAAACCAAACAACCCUAAUGGAAUUAAUCAAUAUAUUAAAGAAAAUUCAUCUGAAAAAAUAAUAGACAAUUUAUUUAUUGAAAACAAAUCUGGUGAUGAGAUUAUUGUAGAAAAUGCACAAGAUAAUCCAAAAUGGAGUCGAGUUGAAAAAGGUUAUUUAUUUUCAUUACUUUUUCCAAAUGCAUAUGAACGUAGAAGCACAGAUGGAAGAUUUUGGCAAGAUUUUAAUAGUUCAUAUGAAGAAGUUUUAAUUAACGAAUUUAAAGGCCAGAUUAAAUAUUUAGAACUUUUAAAUCUUCUUGAUCCAAAAGAAUACAGUGUUCAAAUAAAAGAUGGAAGUGAGAAUUUUUGCCCUAAAGUAAUUGGAUUUUCUGCAAACACAAAUGUUAGAUUUAUUUAUGAUUUUUGUGAAGAUAAAGAAUUAAAACCUAUAUCAGAACAGAAAUCUAAUAAUACAAAAUUAUUUAGUUCAUUUGUUAAUCGAUUAGAUUAUAUUGUAGAAUUUAAGAAAUUUAGAGAUGAUAAUGAAAAACCUUGUAGAGAAAAAUGUUCUUGUUGUAAAAUUCGAAUGAUUUUUCACCGUGGAUUACCUGAAGAUUUUUUUAAUUUCAAGUUUAAAAUUGAAUUUAAUUAUGAUAUUACAGAAGAAAAAGCAAGAAAAAUAUUAGAAAAAAAGUAUGGUAGAUUUGAAGAAUUAGAUAGUAUUUAUUAUUGGAAAAAAUAUUAUAUGAUUGACAAAAACAAAUAUAUUAUUGGGCCAAUUGAACCGUAUUAUCCAAAAAUUUACAGUACUGAAAGAAUAUAUCAAGAUACGAAUGAAUAUAAAGCAAUCAAAAAGAAAAAUUUAAAAGAAAAUCCUCUAGAAUAUAGGAAUGGAAUUCCUUCUGCACGAUAUAUAACACUUAGACAUUUGAUGGGAUUGUCACCAAAAUCAAUCAAAAAAUAUACAAAAAUAUUUUGUAAUUUAAUAAUAAACACAUUAACAACUAAUGAUAGUCAGCUAGGUGGUCUAAGCAAAAUUAUAGAAAUCGAUGAAUCUAAAUUUAAAAAAGAUAUUUCAUGGUGA